AUGAAAUUUUUCAAUGCAUUUUUACUCAUAUUUUUCUCGUUUGCUGGUGGAAAAAUAGUUCUAUUAGAUGAUACGGUAGCUUCCACGAAUAUAGUUGGGGAUUCUCCUCCACCUGCUUAUAAUGUGACUAUUAAUGUAAUCUGGGCAUUCAGUAUUGGAAUCAAUAUCACAAAUGUUGUGAUGACCAUUAACAAUCUUAAAUCAUCAGAAUAUGCUGCUAUGGGUCUCGGACAAAAUCAAUCUAUGGGUGAAGCUCAUGUGUUUAUGUGUAAACGAUUUGCUAAUGACACAAUUGCUAUAGAGCGAUAUGUAAAUCCUAAGGAUCAUCAUCAUCCUGUGCCUGCUGGAUCAGAGCAAGGUGGUGUAUUUACACCUUUACCUUCAAAAUUUACAGAUGGUAUUGUUACCUGCCAGUUCGUUUUGUCCAAUUUUGAUCUUCAAAUAGUGGAACAACCUAACAAAUUAAGACCACUUUCACAAUCAGGAAAAUAUCAUCCUAUAUUCGCCGUUGGAUUGGUGAAUUCUACGGGUGACCCACAAUAUCAUGAUGGACGUGAACCUCAAUCUGCUCUUGUUCAAUUAAAUCAAAAUCAAAAUUUAAUAUUCCAUCAAAACAGCUCCAAACUAUUCAAUGAAAUAAAUCCGAGCUCAUAG